UAUAGUUAGUUUUGACAUCACUUUUAUAAUAGAAAUGAUGAAUAAUUAAUUAACUGAAUUAAUUGGUAAAGAAAGUUGUUGUGAUAAAGUAAGAAUCAUGUCUUCAAUAUCGUCAACUCUUUCAGGAGGAACGUAGGUGUUCCAGCUAACUUCACUCUCCUUUGAAAUGUAAACCGACAUGCCGUUUCCUCCCCGUUGGAAGAGUAUAUAAGAUUUUUAUCCGAAACAAGGGAAGAACAUAACAUUCGAAGUGUCUAGCACUAAAAGCUACCGGUUUGAAAAGAACACUCAUACGUUAAGAAAACAUACUCGAAACUAAUAUUAACUGUGCGUUGGCAACAUCCGAGAGGAUCGUAUUAACGAGCUCUUAGAGCAAGAUCACAGAAAGAAUGCCAUGUGGCCGCAGCUGGCGUUCGGUACCGUUGUUAGUCGAAUGAGAUUCUCUCUCUCUUCUAUUUUCGCAGUACGUGAUAGAACGAAAAGAGGGAUGAGAUUGCAAUGUUCUCCGCUUUCCGAUACUUCGGCAAUAUCGUAUAUAUUUUUAGUUGUAACCGAAAGUGAGCCUCCACUUGGCAUUGGCGUAGCUUGAGUUUUUGUCUGCGGUUAUUUCUAUUAACGAGCUGACAAAUGUUUCAAUCAUUCUUGGCGAAAAGCGGAGGACAAUUUUGUAUUUUGCGAACGAUGAAAUCCUCUGAUGUUUAACUUUUCGUUACAUCUUUUACAAGAAUUCUAAUAAGUACAUAAUACUAAUAAGACAAUAAAUGAAUGGAAUAUUAACAACAAUAGUACGGUGUUAAAAAGUAUGGUAUGAUCUGGCUACAUUUAUACAAGCGAUAUCUAUAACAAGAGAGGUCUAUUUCGAAUCACUGUUUCACGAAUUUUUUAUGAAAGAUGAAAGCAGCGAUAGGACAAGUUUAAAUUUACAUCUAUCGGUAGGCACGCGUGAAACGCACCGAGGAAUUUGCCCUAAUGAGCGUGGAACGAAGGGGUGUCAUCUUAGACGCUCUUUCCUCUUCCCAUCGACACGGACAGCUCUGCCCUCAAGGGUGUUGUCAGUACGGCAAAUAUGUUGACAGGUCAUUCAACAUCUUUCCGUCGCUGCUAACGUUGAAGACGCGUGACUGAAGCGAUGUUGCACCUCAGAAUAUCCAUAGCUAAGAUUGGACCUUUUCUGCUGCAAAAACUUCUAUUCCGUACCAAGAAUUUUAACAAGAAAAUUAUUAAUAACGGAAAGGGAACAGGAAGUGAUGAUUCAACUGUUGGUAUAAGGGAGCUGUGUUUGCUUAGACUCCCUGUUCCCUGUGAACAUUCUGUAGGAACUUAGAAUACAUUAUACACCAUGUUAAAAGAUUUUUAAUUUAUAAAUUAACAAAGUCUUUAAAAUCACUAAAUCAUGUUUAAUGUAAGGUAUUAAUAUUGUUAACAGAGCUAGUCCACCUAAUGUACAACUUAUAACGAUGCCAAUAGACUCACCUAGUAUAGCAUCUAUUAAAAAGAAAACCAAAACCAGCGUUUUGUUUCUAAAUUGUAAAAUAACCGAGUAUCAAAAGUAGGCGAUGCUGUGUCACCGACGAUUUUGACAUUUGCAAAUCGACGCACUUUGCAUUUGUUCACGCGAUACGAUUAUCCGUGGUAUACAAAUUCCGCAAAUUAGACCAUCGCGUAAAAACUUCCUCGUAGGAGAUCUUUGCGGGUUCGCGCGGUCUCAAAUGCGCGUCGUCGAAGAACGUACCGUAACCCGUAGGAAGUUGCAAACAUGUUAUGUAACUCAAAAUUUAAACGAUAAGUGUUAAUAUAAACGUCGAGCAAAACAUUGUGAGAAAAUUUGAAACGAGAUCCUUAAGGAAUAUAGUUAUUGCAAAAUAUGUAUGUACGUUCAGCCGUUUACGUGAGGAAAAUACUGUCCGAUCGGCGGUACCAUUUCGCUCAUCUGACAAGGUGAGAACGUGAGAUGUAAUAGAUGUAAGUCGCUGGUUAUAUUGGUAGGGAAGAAAUAGGACAUUUGUGGAGUUAGCGUUGGUCAAGUAUCUCUUUUGAUAUUUCAUGUAUAUGUACAUGUAUGAUAUGUACGUAUCACAUGUGAUGUAUGAUAUGUGGUGAUACUUGACCAUGUACCUUUGAUAUUACAGCGAUAUUUGUAUCCUCGGAUGAGCAAUAAUGUGAGAGCACAAUUAUCUACUAUGUUAAUAGUGUACUGAACUUCAUGUGAAGAUGGCAGUAUGAGUUACACUUCAUUUUAAUGAUUUUUAUAUACAUUGCAGAGAUAACCAGUAAUCGUGGUUGCGAUGCCCCACUGCACCUCCAACUUCGCUUGGUACUUAGGAAAGUUCAUCGCAGGUUUCACAGGGAUGCUAUUCUUUUACUUCGGUUUUUUAAAAGAGAGAGAAUAUAAAUGUCUAUGCAGAGCAAGAAUGAGAGAAUUCAUGCGGCGCAGAGGAGAAAAUACUAAUUCCUGCCCUGUAGACGACCAGGCAGAUGCGAAUGCAAAGAGGGAGCACGAGACAAGGUUUAUGCUUGCGGGUGUAGAAAACGUUUGGACUUGGUAUACGAGGAUAAAGGAAUGGUUUCUCGAAAAAGAUCCUGUGAUGAUCUCCCGGACUGCACUUGCAUUAAGCAGAGGCCUACCUAAAAAUGACAAUGAUAUUUCUUUGUUAAAUUGCGUGUGUUGUAUGAAGCUGCAUGAUCGGAAGUCGAAGCUUUCAGACUCGUUCACAAGCGUACGAAGAAAACGAUCACGUCGACAUUGUUUGUUUCGUCACUGCAGCGGAACCGUGUGCCCUCAGAAAUUCAUGAAGAGAAGAAAGAAACAUCGUUGCGUCCAUCUGCGUGUCUCUCAAGACGUUAUUUUCGAUCAUUGGAAACCGUGCAAUAAACCGAAGUCUGAUACAAACAAUGUUAACGAUACAAAAGUGCACGAAUGCCUAAACACAGAACAAGAAAUUGCAAACUGUAAUACUUUUAAAAAUGAAGAAAAAAAGGAUAUUGAAAACGAAAGAAAAUUAUGCAAUAAUUUAGGAUCAAGGCCUGAACCUGUGUGCGUUUGUGAAAAACCUCGCGAUUACCAUUCGCCUCGGUUAUCCCCCAAAAAAGUGGAAUCGAAUCAAACUUUUUCUCAAUGUGUUAACCAAUCGAAUAUCUCAAAAGAAGUAGCUAGUAGUAACACAAAAUGUAUCAACGAAAAUAUUGUUAAGGCCCAAAGAAAAAGUUCAGAUAAAUAUUCUUCGUUUAAAAAAACACAGAGCGACACGAGUCUCAACGAAACAGUAAUCACAGAUAAUAGUAUGGAUUCUGUAUGUCAUAAAUUACGCACAAAAUGUCCUUCCGUUAAGAAGAAACUAUCAGGAGAAUGUAAGUCGAAUACGAGAAAUAAGCAGUCGAACGUUGAUAAGACUGAAGACAUUUUUGACAACACGUCGUUCUCUUCGAGGCAGAAAUGUGGGACAAAACACUUUACAAAUAAACAUCGAUAUAAUAGGAAGAAUAACUGUACUGUUACAGAUCGACAAAACGAUAGCACAUCUCAGAAAAAGCUAUUAAGACAUUGUGCUAGAAAUUGUGCUUGUUGCAGCAAAGAACGCAGCAGUCAUCAAUGGAACACUAGUCGAAAGGCAUCGUCCUCAAAACAGCAUCAUCCAUAUUGCAAAUUGUACACAAAUGUGCAGAAGAACUACUGUCCCUGUGAUCACAUGAAAGCGAAGAAGAAUAUUCAUACAUUUGCUGAAACUCGUCCGUCAAGAUAUAAAGUACAAUCAACGCAUUGCAAAGAGAAGCCUACAUGGAUUAUUUUCAAGAAUAAGAGAUCAGCCAGGUCAAGAAUUCUUGAAGAAUCAAAAUUCGAUAACUCCUCGUACUCGUACAGUUCAUCGUCAAUGUUGACGAAUAUCACUGAAAAUUCGCUUCAAGAUGAUUCAGCUACUUGUUGGAAUCCUUGUUACAAAUAUUCGCGAUAUAUAUCUUCAAGGAACCCACGCAAAUAUAAAAAAUGCAAUAUAGGUAUCGAUUCUAAUGGACUGUCUUCAUCAUCGUGCUUGACCUCGUCCAGACGAUGCCACUCGUGGGCAAUGUUGUCGCAAAACUCUGUCUACGAGCAACAACCAAUUUCUUCAUCUUCUUGCACGGAUAUUUCAAGAUGGAAACGAAGGAACGAGAAAAGAGUGAGAACGUAUUACUCUUCGACUUCGUCCUCGUGUUCUUUGACAUCCCUGACGACAUACAGGGAUGACUAUAACCUAGAAAACAGUUACACCGAUCAGAUUACGUAUAACGCAUUGAAGAAAAACGACAGGAUAUUCUACGGAGGAGAUGACGUUAAAUUGAAGCAAAGAUGGAGACCAACGUGCCGCGAACAUGAGAAAAGAACCAUCCAUAUGAAUGAACGUCGAGUUGCCUGGGACAUUUAAGAAUAUCAGAAGUAAUCGGUAAAACGAACGUGUUGAAUCGUAAAUUAAAUCAUGCGACAAUGAGAGAAGCGUGAGCAAC